CGCGCCCCCGUGUUCCCACGGCGGCGAGCGCGGGCCGCGUUGCAUCCUGGAGCUGGCGGUCCCCGGGGUCCCAUUGUGUCUGCGCACGUCUUCCGCCGGGACCUAACGGAAGGGCGGCGGGGGUUCUGUCUGGAUGUGCAGUUUGUUCGGAUGGACUCCACUAGCACCCGGAGGGAAAGUCGGGAUGUCGCCUGUUAGGUAGAAGGGAAAAGCAAAUACUCGACCCCAAACGAAACCCAACAGAUUUAACGGAAAGGUUUGCACUUGAAGUGCUUGCAGUGACUUAUGUCCUGGAUCCUCGUUGUCAGUUUUGCAAUCAGAGGACCCAAUCCUGGUUUUCUUGGAGCUUGCAUUACUUGGUUACAUCAUCCCUGAGUGGAAAGCGUGCAAGGAAAAAAAAAAAAAAAGGCCAGCGCUUCUUGUCGGGAGAAAAGUGCAUGCCUGCAAGGCACAGGACGCGCGCGCCGCAGAGCCAGUCUACCACGUCUCCUCGGAGACCUCGGCAGAAAUUGGCCCGGCGCACCUCUGCGGUGGAGAUGUUGCUUCGAUUCGGGACCACCUGUUUGCUGAGCGUCAGUUUCCUGCUCCUUAUCACCUCUUCAGAAGGACGCAGUGGACUUGGAAAGGGCUUUGGAGAUCAUAUUCAUUGGAGAACCCUAGAAGAUGGGAAGAAGGAAGCAGCUGCAAGUGGCUUGCCCCUGAUGGUGAUUAUCCAUAAGUCUUGGUGUGGAGCUUGCAAAGCUUUAAAACCCAAAUUUGCAGAAUCUACAGAAAUUUCAGAAUUGUCCCAUAAUUUUGUUAUGGUAAAUCUGGAGGAUGAAGAGGAGCCCAAGGAUGAAGAUUUCAGCCCUGAUGGGGGUUAUAUUCCACGAAUCCUUUUCUUGGAUCCCAGUGGCAAGGUGCGUCCCGAAAUCAUCAAUGAGAGUGGAAACCCCAGCUACAAGUAUUUCUACGUCAGUGCUGAGCAAGUUGUUCAGGGGAUGAAGGAAGCUCAGGAGAGACUGACAGGUGAUGCCUUCAGAGAGAAACGUCUUGAAGAUGAGUUGUGACGUGAAUGAAUUCCUUCUUUCAUCAAAGCUAGUAUCCUGGAUGGAAAGCAGAGGAGAGGGAACACGAAGAAUCACCCAGAACAAUUCAGCCACCUGGAAACCUUGCUUCCUGUCACACUGGUAGGAGCUCUCACUGUGGCAGAGGCCUGUUGCCACCAGCUGGUCUGUGGAUCCACCCGAGUGGCAGGCUUUCUUCUGCUUCCUGUCACCUAAAUAUCCAUUGCCUUUGAAUGUAAAGAACAAAACUUUUUGACACAAAACUUGAGCCACGUGGAGAUUUACUCCUCCUGAUUCAGUAUUUGUCUUUACCCCCACUUUCUGCUUUACUCAUGCUGAAGUGAAAGGCCAGUAACCUCUUUUCUGUAGUGUUCAAAUUGCAGGAACACCUUAGCAAUUUUUUAAGCAGACAACAAAUCCUAAAUGUAAACUAGAAGAUCUACCCCUUUUCAAGGACACCAGCCUGUUUUUUUUUUUCUCUUGGGAAUAAUCUUGGCCUUCUUCCUGAAUCCCUGUACCCUCCUCCUUCCUCUGCUCAGGCUUCUGUGUUUGCACGCAUGUGUGUGCAGGAAUGACUUGUGUGAUUGGACUCCAGCUGGAAGCAUGCUUUCCCUUUUGCUGUUGGAGAAACUCAAGCCUUCAAGCCCUACAUGGAGCCAUUUUGUCAAGUCAUCAACUGUAUUUUUGUACGGGGGUUAACAAAAAUAAAGAUAAAAUAUUGUUUCAUUAAACUUGAAUAAAACUUUAAA